AUGCCAAAUUGUUAUUUAUUUAAAUCUCGAUUUACAUCAUUCAGACCAUUGUAUGAAUUUGUUUGUGAACCAGAUAAACCAGUCAUUCCAUCUAAUAUGUCUGCAAGUUAUGCUGUAUGUUACGGUUUUGUUCUUCCUGAUCAAUCAACGAUUGAUAUUCUCAAUCAACUUGGUGUUUGUACAGGUAUUCUAUCGGAUCAUAUGUGUAUACAGUUUUUGGCACAUGGUUAUGAUUUCUUUGCAUUAGAUUUGCGUAAAUGUGGUCGAUCGAUUAUUUCACCACAACAAGAUCAAUAUAGACAUUAUUGUAAUGAUUUGAAUGAAUAUGAUGAAGAAAUUACACUUUCAAUCGAACAUAUAAUCAAAGAAGCAAAGACUAAAAUUAAAAAACUAAUUCUUCUUGGACAUUCAACGGGUGGUCUUAUCGUCAGUUUAUAUGCAUCAUCGGGUUCAAAACAUCAAGAUAUUGAUGCGCUUAUUCUUAAUAGUCCUUAUCUAGCUCCAUUAGAUACAUCAGUAUCAGAAUCAGUAUUACAAAGCAUGGUGAUGAAUUUUGGCUUCUCCACAGAUAUAGAUGAUAAUUGGUAUGGUCGAUCGAUACAUAUAUCCAAUAAAGGCGAAUGGAAUUUUGAUUUAAAGAAAAAACCAAUUGAUAAAAUUCGAAUACAUGGUUCGGCUUUCUCUGCUAUACGCACAGUUCAACAAGAUCUUAUGAAAAAAGGUUCUUGUAUAAAAUGUCCUAUUCUACUCAUGUGUUCAAACCGCUCAAUAAAGCCAGAUAAAACUUGGCGUGAUGAAUAUGAAGAAGUCGACCUUUUACUUAAUGUAACAACCAUGCGACGUGCUGCAUCUACUCUUGGUCAACAAGUAACAAUCUAUGAAAUUGAAAAUGCAAUGCACGAUAUAUUUCUAUCGAAAUCAUCAGUUCGUGAAAAAGCAUUUCAUAUAAUGUUUCGAUGGCUUAAACAUCUUGAAGAUGAUUGGAUGAUAUCCACACAAAGUUAA